CAAAUUUUCCAGUUUUAGUUCCAAUGUUAAUUGAAGAAACUUGGGAAAAUUGCUAUAUUAAAACUUACAAAAAAUACAAAGAAGCCAAAGCACAAAAGGACCGAAUUAAAAUACUUGCUUACUCCUAUCACCUUGGAUCUCUGGUUUUAGCUUGUCCUAAUAUACUACUGUUAAAAUUAAUAGAAAAGGCCGAAAAUCUUGGAUAA